UCGAGGGCACGGCGUGGAGCUACGCCGGAGGAUGCUGAGCCUCGGCCCGGUCCCGUCCCUGAGCAAAUGAUGGCGAUCCGGGAGCUGAAAGUCUGCCUUCUUGGGGACACCGGGGUUGGAAAAUCAAGCAUCGUGUGCCGGUUUGUCCAGGAUCACUUUGACCACAACAUUAGCCCAACAAUUGGGGCGUCUUUUAUGACUAAAACAGUUCCGUGUGGAAAUGAACUUCAUAAGUUCCUCAUCUGGGAUACUGCUGGUCAGGAACGGUUUCAUUCAUUGGCUCCCAUGUACUAUCGAGGAUCUGCUGCGGCUGUUAUUGUAUAUGAUAUUACCAAACAGGAUUCAUUUCAUACAUUGAAGAAAUGGGUGAAGGAACUAAAAGAACAUGGUCCCGAAAACAUUGUAAUGGCUAUUGCUGGAAACAAAUGUGACCUCUCAGAUAUUAGGGAGGUUCCCUUGAAGGAUGCUAAGGAAUAUGCAGAAUUCAUAGGUGCCAUCGUGGUGGAGACAAGUGCCAAGAAUGCUAUUAAUAUUGAGGAGCUCUUUCAAGGAAUCAGUCGCCAGAUCCCACCCUUAGACCCUCAUGAAAAUGGAAACAGUGGAGCAGUUAAGCUCGGGAAGCCGACCACACAGGCCAGCCGGAGGUGCUGUUGACCAGCCCUUGCCUGAACACACCUGAAAGAGCCAGUCUCCUCUUGUGCGCGGCGUACAGUCCUCCAUAUUCAGCAACCCAGCACACCCCACACCAGAAGAGCAAGCACGCUGGCCUUGUCGAAGGCAGCAGGGAAUGGAACAGAAAAUACCCUCAGAAAAGAAUUUCAGAAAACCCAUUGUCCAAAAACCACCACACUGCUACAAAAUGGUUUUUAGUGCAUAAAAUGUACAAGACAGGGAAUGGAUGGUACAUAAUUAAUAUAUGUGCGUUUUCAUGUUAAGAACUUUUUCAUAAUCCUUGAACUUGUCUAAAAGUGUUUCUGGUCUGUUACAUGUAUGGGUUUACAACGUGGUACACAACUCUGAUACCCUGGGCUACCUAGCCAAAAUCCAGUCAUUUUCUAGAGCUGUUACCUUUGUCAGUUACCACUAAAAGGGACAUUUCAUGUAUAAGGUAAAUUUUUAGCUGGCUUUGGAACUUAGCAAUUUUUAGAAAGAAAUCAGAGAAGUGUAAUUGGACCAUCGCUCAAGCUUCAAACUUGACUAUUAAAAAAUUGGGGGUGGGGGGUAGGGGGUAGUAUUUGAAGUGUUGUCUACAUCUCAAAUGUUUAAAGGAGAAGCAUUUUUCUUGGUUUGGUUAACUACAAGCACACUAAAUCUGACUAAAAGCUCGCAUAUCAUGUGGGCAUUGGAAGGUCACAUUUGAGAGUCAUUGAAGUAGUUUCUAUGUUACAUCUGUUACGUGAGUGGUAUUUGGGAAACCGCCUAGCAUAAAUGAGGACCGCAGUCAUAAAGCCCUACUCUACUAGAGAGUUUAAUGCAGACACUGUUACAGUGUCGUACGGGGAUACAAGUUAACGAAUUAGAAAAGUGAUGGGAAGUCUUUAUUCUGCCAAGGGCCAUUUGCAUAUUGAUAACAUCAUUCAUGGGCAUACAAAAUUGUCAGCUUAAAAAUCAUUUAACUCAUCCCUCGUGUGAUGGCUAGGACGGCUUCUCCUUGGUGAGGCAUGUGAGGGCCGCUGGUAUAGAUGAUUUCACAAGCUGGGGGCUCCUCACCCCUGAACUAGAAGAGACUUGGAUCUAAAGCAUAGUGAAAACUUUCCAUAGUAACUGCUUUCAGGUUGAGAUAGCCAGCCAGUAUCCGCACCUUAAGAAUCUAGACCCCAAAUCAUACAAAAUCAGAGCAUUUAACAGUGUCCCCAUUUGGGGAGGAGGUUAUUAGGGCAAAUCCUGUUAAUAGUCCAAUCCUGUUAUGAAAAACAGUGUGUGAUUGAAACUUUUUUCGGUUCUUAUUCAAACAGUUAAUUAAAGAUGUGUGAAUUCACAGGCAGUAAAUGAAGGAAGCAUAAGAAAAGGAAGAAAAACUAUUUCCACUCCAAAAUCAAAUCUUAUUACCAUCCUAACUUUCAUAAACAUUUAGGAUCAAGAAGCAGUUAAUUUUCUAUCAGGGUUUAUACUGAGAGGUGGUUCUUCAGUUCCCAACAAUGGCUUUUGUUGGGGUUAGUAAUGUAGAACAAACACCUGGAAAUGAAUAGUCGAUUGUGAAGCAUGAUGCCAAGUGCUGUGACCACUCAGGGGCCAACCAGUGUUUAUUGAAACCUGUCAUGUAAAGACUUAGAAACUUCAGCAACUCAACAUGAGCCCGUUCCAGAACACAUUGUGACUGCGCCCACCGUGCCUUCUGUGGGGAGAGCCAUCGAGUCGCACUGCUACAAAGUUCAGAGCUAUGCUUUUCUACGGCCUACGCUAUCGGUUUCGUCUUCAGUGUACCCUUAACUUGUGAACGUUCAGACAGUGAAGGCUGAAACGUGCGUGUGGGAUUGAAGAGUGCCUCUGGGAUCUCUCAGACACGUAGCUCAGCAGUGUCAGCAUGGAGAAUGUGGGCAUCUUGAUAGGGUCUCUGCACAGACGGUGUUUCCCCUGUGCCGUUCGCCUUACUAGCGAGCAUCCUUCUGCUUGCAGAACAAGCAGUAGCCGCGGCUCUUCCAAGAUUCAAUACAUGCAUACAUACAUACAUUAAAAACGGAAUUUUCCAGAUGAUACCAGGGCUCAUUUCUGACCCUUUAAUUAUCCAGUUCUAAGAAACUUGAUUUGUUUCUGGAGAACUUGGUGUUUUUGUUUGUUUGGCGAGGGGUUGUUUUUAUUUUUGUUUUUUGGAGAACUUGGUUUUAAUUUUAAACAGUAGUUCAGGGCCCCUAGAAAAGUGGGCAGUCACUCCAAUAGCUUCAAAGCUUUUGGCUUAGUUUCGCAGAGGCCAGUGUCUUCCAUAACAUGGUUACUCUCAAGCAUGUGCCAACAUCAUGAGCCCAUGGUUUUAUUUCAGAAACACCCGAGGGUGUGAAGCCACUCCUCCUGUUCCAUGUUGCCUUACCGAUUCAAAUCAGUCUGAAGACAUAUAUAUAUAUGUCUUCAUGUAGAUUUUUUAUAUAUCUUCAGACACCCAGGGGAAAGGCAAUAGCAUAUGGGCCCUGGCAGCCACAAGGGUUUUUACCUGAAGACAAGUCCUCUGGCUUUGUCCAGCAAUGAGGCUUUGUCACAUGCCUUUAUUUAGGCUUUGGGGUUUUAUAGACUUUCUGACUAAUCAUUGAACUAGACUGUAUAUGAACACUCUGAAAUCAUGGUUAUUCUAAAAUGUCAAACAAUUACACGUGGUGUACUGUCUUUCCCAUUCUGUUUACUUGCUGCUUUCUGCCUGUUUCUUUUCAUGUGUGGUAUGUGUACAUGUAAAGAUGAUACUUUAUAUGCUACUCACUUCACUGGUGGGGUCUGGCACAUCUAUCUGUUGUAAACAAAGUGUGGACUCUCCCAGGAGUGAGUGGUUUUCCAAUGAAAUCCCUAAGAUUGGCAUAGACAAGAACCGUUUUAUGUAGGUCCGUAGUCAUUUUAUAGUCAGAAAUGGUACGUUAGAAUGCUGGUGUGACAUUAGCUUGCAAACUAUACAAGGACCAAGACCUAAAACUAACCUUUAGCCAACAAUUGGGGACUGUGUCCCAGUAAACCCAGAAUUUUCUGAAGGAGUUGUGGAUGGCUGAGGUUUUCCACCAAGGUCAAGAAUCUUGCCACGUGGUGGCGGACACUGAGCUGUUAGUGGAAUCUAUCCGUGCUCUGCAGUGUUUACUUGUUGCAAGUUGAAUAAUGAGCUAACUAGCUAACUUAUAAAUGAAGGGGCUCUGAUUUGUAUUCAGAGGUAUCUAGUUUACUAUUUUAACUAUCCUUAUUUAAACGAAAUUCAAUGAUACAGCCUCAGUAUCAUGUGAUAUCAACUGCUCAUUUUCCUCUCUGUGCCUCAAAGGGCCCUGUCUGGGCUGGUCCCAGUUCAUACAUGCAGAACACAGUGCUGAAAACAGGUAGAUCGUAAAGCUAUGCUUUUUUUCUGUAUUUGAUGAGAAAGGUAUGUUCUCAACGAUGCCCAAUUGUAUCUAUUACUUUUGGUUUAAUGCCCACUGAUUCUUACUAAUAAAUAUUUUUAAAGUUA